GUGCGCAUAUAUUCUUCCCACUUAGAAGUUAGAACUCCAUCAAUGCUCUUCCCGACGCCAAUGCUAUAUUCGCACCAUAAACACAAACACGAGUUCUCCUCCUCCUGAAUCAUGGCUCUUGUCAGUAGGCUUCAAUCUCUGUCUUCCUCUUUGUCUUCCACCCAUUUCAGAAAACCCAAUUCCUUAAACCCUCAACCCAUUUGCUCCCUACACUUCAACAACUCCCCUUCUUACACUUCUCCUUUUACAGAGAAGCAUUCUAUUGAGAGGUACCAGAGAGACCAGUGGCUAUACAAUAACCAAUUGGAGCAACCCUCUCUUUUCUCUCUCCCUCCUGAUACUGAUGCUGAUUCUGAUUUCACAAGGCAGAAUGACAUUGCUUUGCAGUUACCAGAGCUAAGAAAGCUGCUUCAGGUGCUGCGAGAGAAGAGAGAGAGGGAAGGAGGGUGUGGUGGAGGAGGAGGCAAGUGUGGACCUGGCAAUGUCUUCUUGGUCGGCACUGGCCCUGGGGACCCUGAACUCCUCACAUUGAAGGCUGUCAGAGUUGUACAGAGUGCUGAUUUAUUGUUGUAUGAUAGGCUGGUGUCCAAUCAUGUGUUGGAUUUUGUUGCCUCUGAUGCUAGACUUGUCUAUGUGGGCAAGACUGCUGGGUACCAUAGCAGGACCCAGGAGGAGAUACAUGAACUGCUACUGAGUUUUGCUGAAGCUGGAGCUACUGUUGUGAGACUAAAAGGAGGGGAUCCACUGGUGUUUGGAAGGGGUGGAGAGGAGAUGGAUUUUUUGCAACAGCAAGGAAUUCGAGUGCAAGUUAUUCCAGGUAUCACUGCUGCUUCUGGGAUAGCAGCAGAGCUAGGGAUCCCAUUAACUCACAGAGGUGUUGCAAAUAGUGUAAGAUUUCUGACCGGGCACUCCAGGAAGGGAGGAACCGAUCCUCUCUUUGUGGCAGAGAAUGCAGCUGACCCUGAUUCAACCUUGGUGGUAUACAUGGGUUUGUCGACUCUCCCUUCUCUUGCUCAAAAGUUGGUCCAUCAUGGUCUGCCACCAACAACACCAGCUGUUGCAGUUGAGCGAGGGACCACACCUCAACAGCGCAUGGUCUUUGCAGAACUGAAGGAUCUUGCCAAUGAAAUUACAUUAGCAGAGUUAGUAUCACCAACGCUCAUCGUCAUUGGGAAAGUAGUUGCACUUUCACCAUUGUGGCCACAUACUUUGAACGAAGUGGCUGCUCUUGUUGGAGCCAUAUAGACACAAUUGAGUACCGCAACAAGUACCUUCAUCAUCCACUUUGACUUCAGAAAUUUGGCUCAAUGCUCAUAAUUUUCAUAAUUUGGACUUCCAGCUCAAAUUCAAAUCAAUUUGAAUGGUGGACAAUGAUCUUGCGUAAGAUUGAAGUGAGUUAGCUGCUUCUUUUUUGGAGGCAGAUACUGUUUCGAGGAGCUAACUAUUUACAAACAGUGCUGGGUUGUGCUAGAACAUUGUUUGAUGCUUCCUUGUGCGGGAAGAAUGAAUUUCAUGCACUGAAGUGAAAGAGGGAGCUGGGUUUUUGUUCACUAGAAGACAGAAAAAACGAGCCUUUUGUUCUGAGGUUGUUUCAAUCUAAACCUAGGUUUGCCUGUUUCAAUCUAAACCUAGGUUGUUUCAAUCUAAACCUAGGUACGAGCCUUUAAUUAAUGGAAAUAUGUGUUUGCCUGUUUCUUGGUUUGGGAUAGCAAACUGUCUCUUUUGAUGCGCGAGCGUGCCAACACCGAGGGUGUAGUCAUCGAGGUGGCCUUUGACCUGAUUUCUUACCAAACAUUGUGGACAAGGAGAGCACCAACCUUGUCACAGGGUUCUUUUCUCUGCCUUGCGGAAAAGGACUUCUACCAUAUGGAUAAGGACUUGGGGUGUGAUCUCUUGCGUCACCGAGUCGAUACUUAAUUUUGUAGACUAAGCGGAGCAAUCACCGAGAAGCAGGAGAAAGCACAAGAUUGCUAAAGCGUGAUCUUUAGCUUUCCUAGGUUGCAAGGGCGUUACCCUGGCUUCGUUGGUUCAACCGAUGUUGAGGGUAGGUUGCUCUGGAUAUACUUUGAUAAUCGUUGAGAUUAGUUGAUUGAGAGGUUGUGUCUUUGUAUUUCGUCUUUAGCCUAUAUAUAGGCUACGUAUUGCAGAUUGACUUUCCUAAUAGGAGUGCAAUACUAUAUUUUAGGCCACAGUUAUUGGCCUUGGAUCAAAUCAAAACUCUUAUUAGUCUUGAUAAUUAUCGUAGGCAAUAAGACAUUGCCUCUGUGUCAUAGCAAUAUUGUAGGCAAUGUAAUUGCCUCUUAUGGUGCGUUUGGAUGAGAAAAUUAU